AUGCAAAGCGCCGUUCCUGGUCCAGCAAGGCGGGGCUUGCCUCCGGCGCAGACAAUGGGCCGGCCGCAUUCAGCGGGGCCCGCGCUGUCGCUGUCUCUGCCGCUGUCGCUCCGUUGUUGCCGGCAGCAGCGGCUGGGCGGGCCCCGCUCAGAUAGUAGCGGGGAGGUAGGGCGUGGAAGAUCAAAACUGCUAGCUGCAGAACCCGCAACUUCCUUGCUUCGCGUGGCUGAGCCUUCCAGGCACGACUCCCUGCCCGAGCCGCCUCCCACGCGCCACACUCGGCGGCGGCUGCCACCGCCUCCCUCAUACGUCGUCGCACUCGAGGCCACGGCUGCGAAGCUCAGUCGAUUUGAUGAUGAUAUUAUUGAAAAGCCUCCUCCACCAAUAGAGGAAAAAAUAAUAAGGUUAGAUCAAAUUUUCCCAUUUAGUAGUAAAAUAUUUGAUCAAGAAAAGGAAACUGGGCCAUCUGAAAAGCAUUUAUUUGAGAUAAAAGAAAUUGGAUCUAAAUUUAAUGAAACAUUUAAAGCAUUGUCUGUUGACUAUAAAAUUGUCUUUAAUGAUGCUAACAUUGCCAAGCUCGAUACUAUUUGGUCCGCGGCGGGUUCUAGCCUUCCGACUUCGCUGCCGCCCCCAGGGCAGCAGCAGCAGCUGUCGCCGCUACCACGCCGACAGCCCGUCCCGUUGAUGCCUCCCGCGCAGCUUCAUCCGGGAGCGCCCCAGGUGGUCGCUCCGGCGCCUGCGGUCCCUCUGCAGUCGCCACCGCCUUCGGAGCUGAUGGACGUCGACCCCUCAGCCGGGCCGCCUUCCCAAGCGGUGGCUGUGCAGCCUGUCCUGCAGCCGCUUUCCUUGGGCACCCCCAAAGAGUCUGACACCGCAGCGCCUUGUCCGGCGCCCACUCAGCAGCCGUCGACGCAGCGUCAGGAGACGCUGCCUCUCUUCGUGGGUCCCGACGCCCCGUCGCGUCCAGUACCAGAAGCUGCACCCGUGGUCACAGCUGCACCUGUGACAUCAGCAUCAGCAGGUUCCAACCUGUCCCAGUCCUGUCCUGUAGCUCCACCGGUGGCAUCAGCAUCAGCAGGUUCCAACCUGUCCCAGUCCUGUCCUGUAGCUCCACCUGUGGCAUCAGCAUCAGCAGGUUCCAACCUGUCCCAGUCCUGUCCUGUAGCUCCACCUGUGGCAUCAGCAUCAGCAGGUUCCAACCUGCCCCGACCCACUCACGUGAAGACCUCCACACAGGAUCCUGCAGCGCAGCUUCUCAGCAUGCUGGAGCAGAAUAGCGAGGUGUUAAUGUCGGUGCUGGAGGCUACACUUGACGGAGGUCCUUCAUACGCACCAUCCAUUGAUCAUCGCCCAAGAGACCUGCCGCCAUCAGUGCAAGAACAGCAGGCUAACCACGCUGAUGUGGAUGUCGUCGAUGAGAAGAUACCGACAGCCAGUGCACCCAACCUUUGCUAUUCGCCUCAAGCUAUGUGUUAA